CCAAGAGCGUCGAGAGAUCCUGCCUGAGUACCAGCCAUGCUCUCUGCAACAGGCUCCCUGGUGGCCGCCAUCUGGGCAGAGCUCCAUCUGAAGACUCUGCUGCUGGCUGCUGUUGCCUUCCUCUUCCUGGCUGACUACCUCAAAAAGCGGCGCCCCAAGAACUACCCGCCAGGGCCCAGGCCCCUGCCCUUUGUGGGCUGCUUGUUUUAUUUGGACCCAAAGCAACCCCACCUAGCCCUCCAGAAGUUUGUGAAGAAAUACGGGAACGUUUUAAGCUUCGAUUUUGCUAAUAUACCCUCAGUGGUUAUAACUGGCAUGCCCUUAAUCAAAGAAGUCUUUACUCAAUUGGAGCCAACUUUUCUGAAUCGUCCUGUCACUCUUCUCCGAAAACAUCUCUUUAAGAAAAAUGGACUGAUCUUCUCCAGUGGCCAGACAUGGAAGGAGCAAAGAAGGUUUGCCCUGAUGACUCUGAGAAACUUUGGGUUGGGAAAGAAGAGCUUAGAGCAGCGCAUACAGGAGGAGGCCAGCUAUCUUGUGGAGGCCAUAAAAGAGGAGGGAGGACAGCCAUUUGACCCUCACUUCAAUAUCAAUAAUGCAGUUUCCAAUAUAAUUUGCUCUAUCACCUUCGGAGAGCGCUUUGAGUACCAGGAUAGUCGGUUUCAGGAGAUGCUGAGGCUGCUGGAUGAGGUCAUGUGUUUGGAGUCAUCACUGAUGUGCCACCUCUACAAUAUCUUUCCAAGGAUAAUUCAUUAUCUUCCUGGAUCACACCGAACACUUUUCAGAAACUGGAGAAAGCUGAAAUUGUUUGUUUCUGAUAUAGUUAACAAUCACCGGAGAGACUGGAACCCUGACGAGCCGAGAGACUUCAUUGAUGCUUUCCUCACGGAAAUGACAAAGUAUCCAGACAAUACUACAAGUUUCAAUGAAGAAAACCUCAUCACCACCACUCUGGACCUCUUCUUUGCUGGAACAGAGACAACAUCCACGACCCUGCGCUGGGCUCUGCUCUGUAUGGCCCUCUACCCAGAAGUCCAAGAAAAAGUGCAGGCUGAGAUUGACAGAGUGAUUGGUCAAGGAAGACAGCCAAGCCUGGCUGACCGAGACUCCAUGCCCUACACCAAUGCUGUCAUCCACGAAGUGCAGAGGAUGGGCAACAUCAUUCCCUUUAAUGUUCCCAGGGAAGGGGCUGUUGCCACCAAGUUGGCUGGAUUUGACCUGCCAAAGGGAAUCAUGGUGCUGACCAACCUAACUGCAUUGCACAGGGACCCCAAAGAGUGGGCCACUCCAGAUGUCUUCAACCCAGAGCACUUUCUGGAGAAUGGAGAGUUUAAGAAGAGAGAGGCUUUUCUGCCAUUUUCAAUGGGAAAACGAGCUUGUCUUGGAGAGCAGUUGGCCAGGUCUGAGCUGUUCAUUUUUAUCACUUCCCUUAUCCAAAAAUUUACCUUCAAGCCCCCAGUCAAUGAGAAGCUGAGCCUGCAGUUCAGAAUGUCUGUUACCCUUUCACCCGUCAGUCACCGCCUCUGUGCAAUUCCUCGGCUGUGAUGUUGAAAAAGGAAAGUAUGAAGAAAUGGCAUCUGCUUGGAAGACCCUGGUGCCUCCUCACAUUUGAGGGGACAGAAUGAAGGUGACCAGCGAUAAUGAGACUAAAGAGAUUGAAUCCAAUUGUGGAUUCAUAAGUAGAAAAUCAUUUAUGAGAUCAAUUAGAUUUCUCACCUAAGACUUUGAGAGAAAUAUGAUUCCUCCAGUAAAGAAAAUGCUCGCAGAGAUCAUGAGAAAUGGUGGAUUAAAUUGAUAUGGAAAUCACAAAAA